GCCAGUUUCGGGAGGGUCGAUGAACCCAGCUAGGUCGCUAGGGCCCGCGCUGGUCUCGUGGAGAUUCGACCAUUUGUGGAUAUAUGUAGUGGCCCCAACAGUCGGAGCUAUUUUAGGUGUGGCCGUGUAUCGUGUUUUACGACUACAAGGCUGGUCGUGCCACUCCGCUUCUUCCAUUCAACUUAACCACAUCUCAUUGCAUUAG